CCGGGUUCUCUUGGCGCGGGUAACCGUCUAUCUGGCCGAUUCCGAAUGGGAGGGUAACACCCCUCAGCAGGAGAGUGGUGGGAAUUGCGAGACUUUGGCUCUUGCGCACUGAUUAUAACGCUAUCCGACGGCUUCUAGACUCGCUGGUCCUAGGCACCGCUCCUCUUGCGCUCUGCUGACAUCUAUCCGAGAAGCAACAUGGCCGAGGGUGAGUGAAAAUCAUCCCCAGGACCACUCAAUGAGAAGCACAGCAAAGUUACCAUAUAAACGGUGGUGGUAUGCUGACCUUGUAUGCCUUCCGCGAAACCAGAGGACAGCUUUCUGUACGCCCUGAGCUCCAACAAUGCCUGGGCGGGCUACAAGGCCCAUCAGAAUCCCCAGUUCUUCAGCAAGCUCGCCAGCGGGCAAAGCCCUCAGAUCCUCUGGCUCGGCUGCUCCGACUCCCGCUGUCCCGAGACCACCAUCUUGGGCCUACAGCCCGGCGACGUGUUUGUGCACCGCAACAUCGCCAACAUCAUCUCGCCGACCGACAUCAACACGUCGGCCGUCAUCGAGUACGCUGUGGCGCACCUCAAGGUCAAGCACGUGGUGUUGUGCGGCCACACGUGCUGCGGGGGCGCCAUCGCCGCCCUGGCCUCGGGCCGCGUGGGGGGCGUGCUGGACACGUGGCUGACGCCGCUCAAGGCGGUCCGCCAGGCCCACGCCGCCGAGCUGGCGGCCAUCAAGGACGACGCAGCCCGCGCCGUGCGCAUGGCCGAGCUCAACAUCGAGGCCGGCGUCAAGGUUCUCAUGGCCAACGCCGUCAUCGACGAGGCCGUCCGCGAGAGGGGCCUCGAGGUGCACGGAUGUCUGUUUGACAUUGCGUCGGGCAGGAUCAGGGACCUGGGCUUCGGCACCAAGCCGCCCGGCGAGCAGGACGUGGUCAGGGGGAGGCAUGCGCAGCUGGUGUUCAGGGGGAGGGGUGCAUCCAUGUCGGCGCGGUGAUGGUGUUAAUGUGUGGGGGUGUUUGACGGUUACCUAUGUGGUUGGUCUGUCAAUCAGGAGGCCAACUGUUUGUUCGGCAAUGGAGUACAGGAUCUUCGAGGCAUCAGUUGGUUAGUGUUGCCCUUCAAAACCUAACUUAGCACUUGUGUUGAUGUAUGAAUCCGCUGUUGUUUGAUGUCAUGAUAGAGAGAGAUUAAUUACCCCUGAAUUGCGCCCAGCAACGCCGGGAACGCCGAGUUAUGAG